GUUUCCCAGUUUGGCUGCAGAUCUUUUGCACUGCUGUUUGAUGAUAUUGAUCACAACAUGUGUGCAGCAGACAAAGAAGUUUUCAGUUCUUUUGCUCAUGCUCAAGUCUCGAUCACGAAUGAAAUUUAUCAAUAUCUAGGAGAACCAGACACAUUCCUUUUCUGUCCUACAGAAUACUGUGGAACUUUCUGUUACCCAAAUGUUGCCCAGUCACCAUAUUUACGGACUGUAGGAGAAAAGCUGCUCCCUGGCAUCGAGGUGUUGUGGACAGGUCCAAAAGUUGUAUCCAAAGACAUUCCAGUAGAGUCCAUUGAAGAAGUUUCUAAGAUCAUCAGGAGAGCACCAGUUAUCUGGGAUAACAUUCAUGCUAAUGACUAUGAUCAAAAGAGGCUUUUUCUGGGGCCUUACAAAGGUCGGUCAACUGAGCUUAUACCUCGACUAAAGGGAGUUCUGACCAAUCCAAACUGUGAAUUUGAAGCCAAUUAUGUUGCUAUUCACACGCUUGCAACGUGGUACAAGUCUAACAUGAACGGAGUGAGAAAAGAUGUGGUGAUGACUGAUACUGAAGACAGUACAGUUUCUAUCCAGAUUAAACUGGAAAACGAGGGGAGUGAUGAAGACAUUGAAACGGAUGUUCUCUACAGCCCACAAAUGGCCUUGAAGUUGGCCUUAACAGAAUGGUUACAGGAAUUUGGGGUACCUCAGCAGUACAGCAGUAGGCAAGUGGCCCACAGUGGUGCUAAAACUACUGUAGGGGAUGUAGGGCCUCUGGUGGCACCAUCCUCUCUAAAUGCAGCAACUGUAGUUACCACGGUUUACCAAGAACCUAUCAUGAGUCAGGGGGCAGCACUGAGCAGCGAGUCACCGGCCUUGGUAAAGGAAGAAGAGAAGAAGCAAUCUGAUGAGGAACCCAUGGACACGGUGGUGGAAAAACAGGAUGACACAGACAAGAAUGCUAACCAGCUACUGACAGAUAUUGCUGAAGCCAAGAUGUCAGAGGAAUUGAAGCCAAUGGAUACUGAUAAGGAGAGCAUAGCUGAAUCAAAGUCCCCCGAGAUGUCCAUGCAGGAAGACUCUGGUAGUGACAUUGCCCCUAUGCAGACUGAUGAGCAAAUUAACAAAGAACAGUUUGUGCCUGGGCCAAAUGAAAAGCCUCUCUACACAGUAGAACCAGUGACAUUAGAGGACUUGCAGCUUCUUGCUGACUUGUUUUACCUUCCUUAUGAACAUGGGCCCAAAGGUGCACAGAUGCUGAGAGAAUUCCAGUGGCUCAGAGCAAAUAGCAGUGUUGUCAGUGUUAAUUGCAAAGGAAAAGAUGCUGAAAAAAUAGAAGAAUGGCGUAACCGAGCAGCCAAAUUUGAAGAGAUGUGCAGCUUGGUGAUGGGGAUGUUCACUCGCCUCUCCAAUUGUGCCAACAGGACAAUCCUUUAUGAUAUGUACUCCUACGUCUGGGAUAUCAAGAGUAUUAUGUCAAUGGUGAAAUCUUUUGUGCAGUGGUUAGGGUGUCGUAGUCAAUCUUCAGCACAGUUCUUAAGUGGAGACCAAGAACCCUGGGCCUUUAGAGGUGGUCUAGCAGGAGAGUUCCAGCGUUUGCUGCCUAUUGAUGGGGCAAAUGACCUCUUUUUUCAACCACCUCCAUUAACACCCACUUCCAAAGUGUACACCAUACGACCCUACUUUCCUAAAGAUGAGGCGUCUGUAUAUAAGAUCUGCAGAGAAAUGUAUGCUGAUGGAGCUGAUCAACCCUUCCAUAGUUUACCAGAUUUAAUUGGAGACAAGUUGGUAGGAGGUCUGCUCACCCUCAGCCUGGAUUACUGCUUUGUCUUAGAAGAUGAGGAUGGCAUAUGUGGCUAUGCUUUGGGAACAGUUGAUGUGACUCCUUUCAUUAAAAAAUGCAAAAUGUCUUGGAUCCCUUUCAUGCAAGAAAAAUAUACUAAACCAAAUAGUGACAAGGAGCUGUCUGAGGCAGAGAAAAUAAUGCUAAGUUUUCAUGAAGAGCAAGAAGUAUUGCCAGAAUCGUUCCUUGCCAACUUCCCAUCAUUGAUAAAGAUUGAUAUCCACAAAAAAGUGACAGAUCCAAGUGUGGCUAAAAGUAUGAUGGCAUGCCUGCUCUCUUCUCUAAAGGCUAAUGGCUCCCGUGGGGCUUUCUGUGAAGUGAGACCAGAUGAUAAAAGAAUCCUGGAAUUCUACAGCAAGCUGGGUUGUUUUGAAAUUGCUAAAAUGGAAGGAUUUCCAAAGGAUGUUGUUAUCCUUGGAAGAAGCCUGUGAAGUGCUUGACAGUGCACUGUUCCAGUACUGUAGUCCCUUAAACAGCUGGGCAGGUAGUGGUGGGGAUCUUCAUAUGGUCUAGCUGCACAAAGCCAGGAAUAAGCCAGCUUGGUAGAAGGGGCUAUGCGAAAAUCACCCAUCACACAUUCAGACUGUAAGUUGGUGGAAGGGGAUAAUGCUGCUGAAAACACUGUUUUAACAAAGAAACCUUGUCCUCUUCUGGUCCUGUGUGAAGUGCCAAGGAAUCUUGCAUGGGCUAUAGCUUCUCGGAGGAAUCCCUCUCAGUCAGUCCUGUGGUUGGUGACAGUUCUCUGCACUCACGUGUUGACAGAAAAGUGGUCUCUGGCAGAAGUACCUGUAAAGGUGCAGCUUGUUUCUCUGUCAUAGAGCGGGAUGUGCAGCUGGAAGUUGCACGAAGGGGAGGGAUUGCCUGUGUCAAUCAGCAAAUUUAAAGAUAAGUAGCUACAGUUCUAUUUUUGACUAUCUUUAUGCUUGUUGAUAAAGCAAUGACCCGUUGUCACUUCUAAUGACCAUUGGUUCAAGCUUUGUGCUUUGUUAGGGACAAAUGUGCAGAGGUCUGUGGCAGAAGUCACUUAAUGACAACAUUGUAAACUUCAGUGUAUAUAAACUUAGCCGUAUGCUGACUAACUUUUUGUUUACCAGUUUUUGUAACUUUUUCUUUUGAAAAGUUAAAUGGUAUAGGUCCAAGAUGGCACUUUUCAAUAACCUAAAACCACAAUGGAGAACGAAUCUGUCCUUGGCACUGACCUUUCUUACUGUGCCUUGUGUCCAGGGCUAGGAACUGACCAUCUUGG